UCAGCUUCGCUUAUGACAGAGAAAGUAGGGGGUUCUAAGAAACUUUAGACCAAAAGCAGAUUGGUGAAGAUACACAGACAAAGGAAUACAUAUGCAUAUAUCAUCUAGGCAUUUGUGUUGAGGAAAGUGUUCUUCUUCAUAAAGGAUUUCCACCAUUCCUGACUCCAUUUUGAGGAACUCCACCAAAACUGCCAGUCCACAGAAUCAAAAUCCCUAAGUGCUGGAAGUCAAACGAUGGAAAGGGACUUACAGAAUGUCUCUGUAACAGAAACAAAACUCACCUAAUAUCAUUCAAGACACAGUGUUCAGGUCAAGCAACCAUCUUUUAGCCUCUGGCUGUAAUGCUCAAGACCAUCCGAGGACUGGAAAUCUGUCCAUUUAAAAUGAUCACUGCUUCCUUUCCAAUGAUGCUGUUAAUGCUGCUACAUUGCCUUGGACUUGCAGGUGCCCAGGUGAAUCCAGCCGUGUGCCGCUACCCGCUGGGAAUGUCGGGUGGGCAAAUCCACGAUGAAGAUAUCACAGCUUCCAGUCAGUGGUAUGACUCUACAGCGGCCAAGCACGGCAGACUGGAUUUUGAAGGAGGGGAUGGAGCCUGGUGUCCACAAGGACCUGUAGAUCCUGACGACAUGGAGUUCCUUCAGGUCGACCUUCGAAUUCUGCACUUUAUUACCCUGGUGGGCACUCAGGGUCGUCACGCUGGAGGCCACGGCAAUGAAUUUGCUCAGAUGUAUCGUCUUGACUACAGCAGAGAUGGAAACCGAUGGAAUUCGUGGAAAAAUCGAGAUGGGAAACAGGUAAUUGAAGGAAACGUAAACCCAUAUGAUCCUGUCCUAAGGGAUCUGGAGCCACCAAUGAUAGCAAGAUUUGUCAGGUUCAUACCAAUUACUGAUCACUCAAUGAGUGUGUGUAUGAGAGUGGAACUCUAUGGAUGUGAAUGGUUAGAUGGUCUAGUAUCUUACAAUUGUCCAGUGGGCCACCAGAUGUUCUCAUCCAAGAAUCCUACUGUUUAUUUGAAUGACUCGGUGUAUGAUGGUGCAAUCAGUUCAAGGAUGGUUUCUGAAGGACUCGGCCAGAUGACAGAUGGUGUCUGGGGUUUGGACGAUUUCACGCAGAGUCAUGUGUAUAAUGUGUGGCCAGGAUAUGACUACUUAGGAUGGCGGAAUGACAGUUUUGAAAAUGGCUACGUGGAAAUCUUAUUUGAGUUUGACCGCAUCCGAAAUUUCACGGCAAUGAAGGUCCAUUGCAAUAACAUGUUCACGAAGGCAGUGAAGAUAUUCAGAGAAGUCCAGUGCUUCUUCCGCUCAGAACCAGGAAAGUGGGAGCCAAACCCCGCCACAUCUGUUCUGGUCCUAGAUGAUGUCAAUCCAAGUGCCCGCUUUGUCACCGUUCCACUACAACAGCGUAUGGCAAAUGCCAUCAUGUGCCAAUUCUACUUUGCUGAUACAUGGAUGAUGUUCAGUGAAAUUUCUUUCCAGUCAGACACUGCAAUGUACAACAAUUCAGGUGUUUACCCAACUGUGAAUGUAGACACUACAACCCACAUUGACAUUGACAUCAACCCAAUGCCCAAAGUGGACGACAGCAACACUCGAAUCCUCAUUGGCUGUUUGGUGGCUAUUAUUUUUAUACUGGUCGCCAUCAUCGUCAUCAUCCUUUGGCGGCAGUUUUGGCAGAAGAUGUUGGAAAAGGCUUCACGCCGGAUGCUGGAUGAUGAACUUACAGUGAGCCUCUCGCUGCAGAGUGAAACCAUCAUGAUCAACAACAAGUCUUCCCCACCCAGUGAACAGGAGUCCAAUUCAACCUACGACCGGAUAUUUCCCCUCGGUCCCGAUUACCAGGAGCCAUCAAAGCUACUCCGUAAGCUUCCAGAGUUUUCCUUGAGUUGGGAUGAGCCAGGAUGCAGCAGUGACUAUGCAAAGCCACUUGGUGCUCCACAGGAUAAUGUGCCGCACUACGCAGAGGCCGACAUUGUGAACCUGCAGGGUGUCACCGGAAGUAACACCUAUUCUGUCCCCGCCGUGACUAUGGAUUUGCUGUCUGGUAAAGAUGUGGCUGUGGAGGAAUUCCCACGUAAACUGCUGACCUUUAAGGAGAAGAUCGGAGAGGGACAAUUUGGAGAGGUCCACCUUUGUGAAGCAGAAGGGAUGCAAGAGUUCAUAGACAAAGAGUUUCCAUUCGAUAUUUGCGCCAAUCAGCCAGCUCUGGUUGCGGUAAAGAUGCUACGAGCAGAUGCCAACAAGAAUGCCAGAAAUGACUUCCUAAAAGAAAUCAAGAUCAUGUCUCGGCUGAAAGAUCCAAACAUUAUCCGGUUGUUGGCUGUCUGUAUCAGGGAUGACCCACUCUGUAUGAUCACAGAAUACAUGGAAAAUGGGGACCUUAAUCAGUUCUUAACUCGCCAUGAACCUGAAAGUGCAGAGCCAAUGGCAAGCAACGCUCCUAUUGUAAGCUAUGCCAAUCUCAUACUGAUGGCCAUGCAGAUCGCCUCUGGCAUGAAGUAUCUCUCCUCCCUCAACUUUGUUCACCGUGACCUUGCCACUCGGAACUGCUUGGUGGGAAAGAAUUACACAAUCAAGAUAGCAGACUUUGGCAUGAGCCGCAACCUGUACAGCGGGGAUUAUUACCGAAUCCAGGGUCGUGCUGUGCUUCCAAUUCGCUGGAUGUCUUGGGAGAGCAUUCUACUGGGCAAGUUUACCACAGCAAGUGAUGUGUGGGCUUUUGGAGUUACCCUGUGGGAAUCCUUGACUUUCUGCCGAGAACAGCCCUAUUCCCAGCUGUCAGAUGAGCAAGUCAUUGAAAAUACUGGCGAGUUUUUCAGAGACCAGGGGAGGCAGGUCUAUCUCUCUCAGCCACCAAUCUGUCCGGAUGGUGUGUACAAGCUUAUGGUCAGCUGCUGGCGCCGUGAACCCAAAACCCGGCCCACAUUCCAGGACAUUCACCGUGUGCUGCAGGAAUCUGCCAUGGGAUCUGGGCUAGAGGAAUGAGCUUGUUCCGAGGAGGAUGUCAGAAGAGCCAUGAUUUUAAAAAGACCUUUUCAUGUCUGAUUAUUAGUGCGCAUGCUGCCAUGUUUAAACUAAGGAGGGUGGAAAGAAAGCCACUGUUUCCAGUGCUGGGAGAUGGAAGCAUAUUUGAAGGAAGGAGGAUCGAGGACAAGUGGAAAGAGUUAUUUGCAUAUCAAGAGGUGGAAAAUAUAAUGCAAAUAAUGCAGCACAGGAUAAAUAUCCUUGCCUCCUUGUUCAUUCAGACUUCCGACAAUUAAAUGGACAUGAUUGUGAAAGCUGACCAAUAUUGGAUUAGAAAGUUUCCUGGUAAGGUGCAAGGACUUGAAAAGACUGGAAGAAUAAAAGCAAUACAUGUACAGUAGCAUAUAAGCAGUAGAAAUUCCUCCCCCUGACCCCUUUACUCUAAAUGAUCUAAUCGCAUUUUUCAGUAAUACUUCAGGAGGGUUUGUAAAUGCUGUUUGAAAUAGGAGAGCACAAAAUGUUUGAUAAAUUCAUGUGUUCUUUUUCUAGGAUUUUUCUUUAGUAUUUGUUUCACUUCAAAAACAUUACUUAGGAACUUGGAGAAACAAUCUUAGUUUAUUUUUAAAAAGAAGCACUUUUUGCUAGUAAUGUAUAGGAAAAGGCUUGAUUAUGAGUCUUUUUUAACGUACAAUUUAGUACAUAUUCAAGAGUAAGGUUUCUUUUGGCUUAAUGGCAGAUAUUACAGAGUCGAAAAUAAGUCUACUAAUGCAUGUUGUUCUCUGAGUUACGACCAAGCAGUAAGGAUGCUGGCUUAAUUUAGGUAUCAAAAUGUUGAUUAGCAGACUUUUGUCAUUGCUAUAUUAAUUUGAUUUUGGUUAUCUGUAUAUUGUUUAGAUGUUUUCAUUUUGAGCGCAGUUACCCAACUGUAUUUAGAUAUUUAUGCAAAUUUUAUUAAAUAUACGUGCAAAUAUUCUUCUCAGUGCUAUCUUACUAAUUGCAAUCACCUACUAUCUACAUAUAUAAAAGUAAAUAAAAUAUACAAUUCUGCUCUCUGCUCUUCACUAGGCCUCAGAGGUCAAAAACAGUAUUUAUAUUGCAAGAAAUUGUAUUGAUCUAUCUCAUCUGCACAUGAUUAUAUUGUGCAUCCCCAGUGCUUAAUUUCAACUUAUGGUCCCAUUAAACUGUGCCACUAAUUUCAGUGACUUGUAUAUUUGUACCCCAAGACCCCUUUGCUUUUUGACCUCAUUAGAUCUUUAUUUUCUUAUUGAUUGUGUGAGCUUCUUCUAUUUUUUUUGUUGCAGCCCUCCUUGCUAUUGAUUACCAUCAUGUGCAAGGUUACUUCUUCCUCUGGCAUGGUCUUACACAGUUCCUUUGGAUGUCCUUCAGUAGAUUGCCAGGAUUGUCCAGAACAAACACUGAUGUACACCAUUGAGAAAUGUGUGCAGCAAUAAACUGUUCCACUUGGAAUAACAUAGCAGUAUAGGGUACCAGAGGCAACUAGAACAUUUUCUAAGGAAUAGCCCACCCAACGUUUACACACCCGCCUUUCUUUAAACAUUUUACCUUUAGAAGCUGCUCGACAGCACUUUUUUUAGCUAAAUUUCCACCAGGCCAAUAUUACCAUUAUUAAUUCUCCAAGUCACAUCACCAUUUAUACAUAAAUCCAGAAAGUUUUGGGAAGCAUGCCAAACAUUCAGGAAAUGUAGCAUUUUAUCUACUGGAGACAAGAGGAAUUAAUGUAGCUAGAAACAUCCGAAGAUGGGUUAUCGACCUGAAACAUCAACUCCACAGAUACCUGCUGAGUAAUUCCAGCAAAUUCUGUUUUAUUUUUGAUUUCCAGCAACUGCAGUGUGUCCAUUUUGAAAAUUUCCACACCUUACUUCCAAUUCCCACUUAAAUGCCCGAUGCACUUCUCGGCUGUCCAUUUAUGCAUUACUUCAUAAAAAUUGUUCUCUCAAUUCAAAAGUAAUAAUUUUCAGCUAUACCAUUGAAAUAUAAUUGCUGUUAUCCAUAAGAUGAUUAGCGUUAGUUGAAAAGAAGUAGGGUAUCUGUAUAUGUUUGAAGUAAUGUAUUACGUAUUAAUUAUGUAUUAGUAUUGCUCUCAAAAGGCAGUCACAGUGGCACAGCUAGUAGCGCUGAUGCCUCAAAGCACCAUAAAUCCAGUUCAAUCCUCAGCUCAGGUGCUGUCCGUGUGGAACUUGUGUGCUUCCUCUGGGUGUUCCAAGUUCCUCCCAUAUCUGGAAGACAUGUGGGUUGGUAGGUUAAUUGGUCACGUAAAUUGCCCCUGGUGUGUGCGUGAGUGGUAGAAUCUCGGGGAAGUUGAUGAGAAUGUGGGGUGAAUAAAAAUUGAGAUUCAUGAGGCACUAGUGUAAAUGGGUGGUUGAAUGUUGGAUUGGACUCGAUGGGCCGAAGGACCUGUUUCUGAGCUGUAUCUCUCUAUGACUAAAGUUUUAUUAUUAUUACAAAGUCCAGAGGUCUGAGUUGCCUGAAUUUGAAAACCUUGAAGUAAAGUUAGUGAUUGUCACUCAACAUUUAUCAUAUGGCUAAUCUAGAUCUUCUCUGAUCUCUGCACAUUUAGCAGGGCUCAGUUGCUAUGGGCUUGCAUCAUAAAAUUUAUAUCUCCUCUGUGACUUAUGGUUGGUUGUGAAUGAUGUUCACAAGUGCAUUUAUUGUAUGACAGCCUUGAUGGUAACUCAGUUCACCCAGUGGAAUCAGUGCGCAUGGAGUUAAAUGUCAAUCAUGCAGCAGCCAUGAUAACUACUGGGAUAUGAGAAAGGAACAACAGGAUCUUUCUUGUUGUGGAGAUUUUAAGGAGGGCUUUGGAGAAAGAAGAUGGGAACAAGGAUUAGGCCAUUUGGCUCCUUGAGUAUUUUCCGCUAAUUCAUCAAUUCAUGAAUACUCUGCUCCCUAAUCCCAUUAAUCCAUCUCUGUUCCAAGUGCCAUGAUGCUGUUAUCUCCCAGUAAUAUAUCAGCUGUGCUUUCAAACUUUCAAUUGACCCUACCACUUGCAGCAUUUUAAAGAGAGGGAGCUGAAGAAACACAAACGUUUAGGGAGGGAACUUCAGAGCAUGAGGCCCAAAGGGGUGAAGGCAUGAUGGCCAAAUGUGGGGCAAUCUGCCAGGAUGCUCAGGAGGAUGGAGAUAGAGGAACAAGGAGUGCAGGAAGGUUAUGAGCCUCUCAAAAGGUAUAUAGUUCCGAAGGUGUAAGGCCCUGCUCUGAAUAAAUAAAAAGAGCAAAAUUUAAAAUGUAAAAAUAGUAAUAAAAUAAACACUCCAACCACAUCCAUGGGCAAUCUUACUUUAAAAUGAAAAACAUUUUGGCAUUAUGCAUAACUGCCAAAAGCCUCCAUUCUUUUUAUGAGUUUAACUAUACUCGAUCAACUCUGAUCCCACAGCUUUUCCCUGAGUUAAAAAUGUUCCCUUUUUCCAUCUCACAACAGAGAAAUAUCAAAGAACUUUCCAAAACGAGAUGAAAAAGAAUCUUGACAUUGUGCAGUAAAGGGGAUAUUAGCAAAUCAAGACCAAAUUUACAAUUCUUCCCAAUGUCCUUCAAUGGUGACUUCAAUGGAAAUAAAUUGGGGAGGGAUGGAAAACAAGCUGUGACUCACUAUUGCCCAUUUUACACAAUUACACCAAGCUGAGAUCUACCCCACUGGGUGAAAUGUGUUUCACUUCCACAGCAAGGUGGGGGAAACAACUUCUACUUUCCAAUGUUAACCAUAUUUCAUCUUCGGGAGUUUGGGGGAGAUGGAGUUCCCUUUUAAACAUUUUUUUUGCUUGAGAUGAAUCUAUUAAAAGUAGGUCUCUUUUGCAAAUGCAUUUCAAUGGAAAAAUUAUCCAAAAAAAUUCCUAAAAGCCAACAGGAGGAAAGGGGUAUGGGGAAACAGCUCACAAACUACAAUUGAGUCAGAUAAAAUAUACAAAUUAACAAUGGUUGUAAAUGAAAUCUAACAUGUAAAGCGUUACAGAAAAGGAAAAAAUAUGGGCUUCACAAGUAAACCAUGAAUUUUGUUGACAUAGCUGUGGGCAAUGUUAGAAGAAAUAUAGAGGUAAUGCAUGCACUGUGGCCAAAUUUGCUAAUGAUAGAAAGAUAGGUGGGAUAGGAAGUUGUGAGGAGGAUGCAAAGUCUGCAGUGAUGUAAAUAGGUUAAAUAUUUUACCAAAAGUUUGUAGCAAAUGGAGUAUAAUAUUGGGAAAUGUAAACCUACUGGCUUAGGUAGGAAGAAUAGGAAAGAAGAAUAUUGUUUAGAACCAUAGAACCAUACAGCACAAAACAGGCCCUUCGGCCCACCAUGUUGUGCCGUCCAUCAGACCACCCUCACACUACCUAACCCCUUCCUCCCGCAUAUCCCUCUAUCUCACAUUCCUCCAUAUGCCUAUCCAACAAGCUCUUGAACCUGUUCAAUGUAUCUGCCUCCACCACCACCCCAGGCAGUGCAUUCCAUGCACCAACCACUCUCUGGGUGAAAAACCUCCCUCUGACAUCUCCCCUGAACCUCCCACCCAUAACCUUAAAGCCAUGACCUCUCGUCUUGAGCAUUGGUGCCCUGGGAAGGAGGCACUGACUGUCUACUCUAUCUAUUCCUCUCAAUAUUUUAUAUACCUCUAUCAUGUCUCCUCUCAUCCUCCUCCUUUCCAGUGAAUAAAGCCCUAGCACCUUGCCUCUCCUCAUAUUCAAUACUCUCCAAUCCAGGCAGCAUCCUGGUAAAUCUCCUCUGCACCCUCUCCAACGCCUCCACAUCCUUCCUAUAAUGAGGCGACCAGAACUGAACACAGUACUCUAAGUGUGGCCUAACUAGAUUUCUGUAAAGCUGCAUCAUCACCUCGCGGCUCUUAAACUCAAUCCCGCGAGUUAUGAAAACCAACAUCCCAUUGGCCUUCUUAACUGCUCUUUCCACCUGUGAGGCAACUUUCAAUGAACUGUGAAUAUGAACCCCCAGAUCCCUCUGCUCCUCCACACUGCCAAGUACCUUGCCAUUCACCCAGUACUCUGCCCUGGAGUUUGUCCUUCCAAAGUGUACCACCUCGCACUUCUCCGGAUUGAACUCUCCGGAUUCUCCGGAUUUUAAAUGGACAGAGACAACAAAAUGUUGUGGCAUAAAGAAACGUAGAUGUCUUUAUGCAUGAAACAUGGAGAGUUAGCAAGCAAGUACAUCAAGAAAUUAGGAAAGCAAGUUUGAUCUUCAUUGCAAGAUGGAUAGAGUAAAAAAGUAGAGCAUACUACAACUCUAUAUUGUGUUGGUAAGAAAUACAAUUUUAGUCUCCAUACCUAUAAUGAUAUACUUGCAUUGAAGGCAAUUCAGAGACGGUACUAUGUUGGUUCCUGGAAAGAACGGGUUUAGGAGGAUAUGAAGAAAGGUUGAGCUUAUACCUGGUGGAGUUUGAAGAAUGAGAUGUGACCUUAAUGAAACAUAUUAGAUUCCAAGGAGGCUUGAAAAGGCAAAUGCUUAGAUCAUGCUUCCCCUUGUGGAGGCAUCUAAAUGAAUGGGGCAUUGCUUCAGAAUAAAGUGUCAUCCAUUUUAGAGAGAGAUGAGGGGAAGUUGCUUCUCUCAGAGGAUCAUGAAACUUUGGAAUUCAGUUCCCCGGCAGCUGUGAAGGCUGAGUCAUUGAACAUAUUCAAGGCUGACAUAGUCGGGUCUGUAGGCAUGAAAUUGGAGCUAAAGCCAAAAUUGGAUCAGCCGUGACCUUAUUCAAUUAGGGAGCAGGCUCAAGAGGCCAGUUAGCCUAUUCCUGCUCCUAUUUCUUGUUAACAGAGUAAUUCAAAUGUAAAACUUACAUUGUAGUGGUCAGACCAUUGUGUGCUGAGCGAGGUCUAAUCUCUGGAAUUCUCUCCUUAAACCUCUAUCUUCACCUAUAGGACAAGCCUUAAAAACUUUCUCUCAGCUAUCCUAAUGUCUGGUGUUAUUGCUCAUAGCAAGUAUUGUUCA